AUGGGUGGCGUUCCAGAAAUGGGCGAUUUGCGGCACCACUUUCUCGGCCUCCACGAUAUCAGCCGGCAUGCCCGGCAACGCGCAAGUGUAUUAGAAGCCGCCAAGGUCCAUGCAGAAGUUGCUUUACCUACGCGAAGGCCCAGGAGGCCUGGCUUCAUACCUGCCGGCGAAAUGCCCAAGGAUGGAAGGCGGCAGCAAGGCGUGCCACCGAACUGCCAAGGAGAAGCCAAAGAACAGCCCUCCUACCUGACCAAGCUGGGCAACUGCAGUCUGAGACAGCAGAUGCUUCGAAUACUUCGAAGCUCAUUUGCCGGGUGGAAAGAUUUGCUUUUUGCGAACGAACGACAGCAAAGGCAGCAGCUGCAGGAAGCUGGGUUCGCCUGCCACCAGGCAAUGUCGAAGGCGCAAGCUGCGCUGCUUACGUCAGUUGUGUUGAGCGGCUGGCGGUGCUACGCCUCCCGAUCACAGUCUGUCUGGAGAUUCUCACAGGUCUCUGCCAGAAGCUGGGCGCAUCAUGUCGACCAGAAGGCGCUUGCGGUGAUUGUCCACUCCUGGCUCGCGUUGGCUACAACAAAAGCAAGCAAACAUGCUGCUAAGGACGAAGUGCAUUCAACACUUCGAGGCUUGGAUGCCUGCCUCAUGCGCACAACACUGUUGCUUUGGGCUUCUGCGUCAGCUCACCAAGCUGCGGCACGGCAACUGUCACACAAGAAGGUCCUUCAGACUGUUUGGCACAAGUGGCGUGCUGUAACGACCGUCCAAGCUCGGCACCACAGGCCCAAGCUUCUGGUUGCAACGACCCAGGCCUGGUUGCGUGAGGACAGGCAAGUCCAACGAUCGGCCUUGGUAUCUUGGCGUGCUGUGGUCCUAGCUACCGAAUACACUCGCGAUCUUCGAAUGCUUCAAUGCCGACUUUCCACUGCCGUUAGCCAUGCCGACCGCCUCGCCCAUUCUCAGCAGGACUUGGGCUUGUGGGCCCUUCUCAUGCAUGCUGUUCUGUCGUGGCGUGCCCUGGCGCUGCAGAUGUCAAAGGAUCGACUACGUCGCAGCCAUGCGGACGCCCCUUCCACCAAGGCGAGCCGGCAGCCGAAGAGGAGACAAAGCUUCUCUUCUGACUUCAGCCUGCAACGCCAGGUCUUCUUCGCAUGGCAUCAGACCAUGCAGGUUUCGCUGUUCGCAGAUGGCCACGGUGAAUCCGCCUUCCAGGAUGAGCGUGGCUUGCUGCACAGCGAGCUGAUGAGGCUUAAGGAAGAAAGCAAACAUCGCGCCAUUGAUUUGUUAGAAGUUAUGGCACUUUCCCGAGAGGCAGCUGCGUUGACAGGUAGCGUGAGAAAGAUGCAUUUGUUUGUGCUAGAAGGCGCUCACGUUUGCCCGAAUCAGCGGCAUUGGGCAGCUCAACACCUUUAA